UUUUGGCUGCAGGCUGCGACGCAAGGGAACGAACAUGGAGCAAGUCGGCGCCAAGCUUCUGGACAUGAACGUCCCGCUGGACGUCGCGAUGCUGGACGAAGUCGUGGCGUGCAUGCAGAACCCCAAUAAUCCCCAUCAUGCGAUGGCUAACGAGAUCAUGGUCGCCUUCCAGGCCCACCAGGACUCGUGGACACGGGUGUCGCAAAUUCUCGAAACAUCCACGUACCAACCGACAAAGUACUUUGGGUUGCAGAUUUUGGAAGACGCGAUCAAAUACAAGUGGUUUAUCAUGCCCAAGGAGCAACGCGAAGGGAUCAAGCAGUACAUUGUAGGCAAAAUCUUGAACUUGGCAGCGGACGAGUCGACCAUGCGAAAGGAGCGUCUCUUCAUCAGCAAGCUCAACCUCGUGCUUGUCCAGGUGUUGAAGCACGAAUGGCCCAAGAACUGGCCUAGCUUCAUCACGGACAUUUGCACGUCGAGCCAGAAAUCCGAAGUGCUGUGCGAAAACAACAUGCUCAUCCUCAAGCUGCUGAGCGAAGAGAUCUUUGACUUCUCCAAGGACCAAAUGACUGAAAAGAAGACCAAGGCGCUCAAGGAGUCGCUCAACCACGAGUUCGUGCAGAUCUUCCGCCUCUGCGAGUUCGUCCUGGACAAAUCGACGCACAUUCCACUGCUGACCAUCACUCUUCAAACCCUCCUGCGCUUCCUCUCGUGGAUCCCGCUUGGGUUCAUCUUCGAGACCAACCUCGUCGAGACCCUCGUCAAAAAGUUCUUUGCCACGCAAGCCUUUCGAAAUGAUACCAUUGCCUGCCUCAGCGAAAUCGCCCAGCUCACGGACGUCCCCCAGACGUACGACAAUGUGUAUGUGCAAAUGUACUUGGCGAUUUUGCACGAAUUGUCUCGCAUUGUUCCCCCGGGCCACUCGAUGGAGCGCAUCCACCACCUCGACAGCGUGUUUGUUCAAGGUCUGUCGCUGUUUUUCACGAAUUUCUUCCGGCACCACAUCCGCGUGAUCGAGCAGCCCAUCACCCGCCCAAGUGACGAAGCCCAUAUUGCCUUGUUGACUGGGUUCCAGUACCUCGUGAGCAUCAGCGAAGUGGACGACGACAACAUUUUCAAGAUCUGCUUGGAUUACUGGCACCUUCUCACGCGGGACCUGUACUCGAUCGACCAAACCCAAGCCCAGUCGCACGGGAUGAACGUACUUGCGUUGACACGUCGAGGGGCGGAACCGGAUCCGUUGACCCGCAAGAGUCUGUUGAAGGUGAUUCUAUCGCGGCUUCGGGUGGUGAUGAUCUCCAAGAUGGUCAAACCGUCCGAGGUGCUGAUUGUUGAGGACGAGAAUGGCGAGAUCGUUCGCGAAACGACCAAGGACACGGAGGCUCUGAGUCAGUAUAAGACCAUGCACGAAGGACUGGUGUACCUCACGCACUUGGACUACGACGACACGGAGAACAUCAUGCUCGAGAAACUCACAGACCAAGUCGAAGGCAACGGGUGGUCGUGGAACAACCUAAACACGCUGUGCUGGGCGAUCGGGUCGAUUUCUGGGGCCAUGAGCGAAGAGAACGAGAAGCGGUUCUUGGUGACAGUGAUCAAAGAUCUGCUGGGUCUGUGCGAGAUGAAGCGGGGUAAGGACAACAAGGCCGUGGUGGCGUCCAACAUCAUGUACGUGGUGGGGCAGUACCCGCGGUUUCUGCGCGCGCACUGGAAGUUCCUCAAGACUGUCGUGAACAAGCUGUUUGAGUUUAUGCACGAACUACACCCGGGCGUGCAAGAUAUGGCGUGCGACACGUUCCUAAAGAUCGCGCAAAAGUGUCGGCGCAAGUUUGUCGUGUUGCAGCCGGGCGAGCCGUACCCGUUUGUGGAAGAGCUCAUGAUGGAGCUGCCGAAAACCGUGAGCGACCUGGAACCCCAUCAGCUGCACACGUUUUACGAAGCGGUGGCGUCCAUGUUGGCGGCCGAGACCAUCCCCGCGCGCAAGGACACGCUCGUGGCCGAGCUCAUGAAGCUCCCGAACGCGGCGUGGCAGAAUCUCAUGCAGCAAGCCGCGCACAACGUGGACGUGCUCUUCGAUGCGCAAGCGGUCAAGGAGAUCGUCAAGAUUAUCCGCACCAAUGGCAACGUGUGCAAAGCCAUCGGGCCCAACGGGUUCAACGCGCAGAUGGGCACUUUGUUUCAGGAUCUGCUCAAUGUGUACCGCACGUAUACGCAGCGGAUCGCGCAGCGCGUGGCCCAGGGCGGCGACAUCGCGACCAAGUCGGCCGAGGUGCGCAGUCUCCGCAGCGCCAAGAAGGAAAGCCUCCGCCUGUUUGAAGCGUUCGUCGAGCACUCUAGCGCCGACGACAAUGGGCGGCAGACGAUCGCGCGCCACUUUUUGCCGCUCUUGCUUGAGGUUGUCUUGAGCGACUACAAGACGACCGUCGCAUCCGCCAAGGAGGCAGAGGUGCUGACGCUGCUGGCCACGUGCAUCAGUAAACUCAAGGCUGCGGUGGCCCCCGCCGCCCCCGGCAUGCUCGAAGCCGUGUUUGAGUGCACGCUGCAGAUGAUCACGCGCAACUUUGAAGACUUUCCAGAGCACCGAGUUAACUUUUUCAAACUGCUCAAAGCCGUCAACGAGUUUUGCGUCGAUGCGCUGUUUAAUAUCCCAUCCGAACACUUUAAGCUCGUCGUCGACUCGAUCGUGUGGGCGUUCAAGCACACGGAGCGCAACGUUGCCGACACGGGACUUGAAACGCUGUUUGCGCUGUUGCUCAACGUGCGCGAGAACGAGACGCUGGCCGCGAGCUUUUACCGGUCGUUCUACUUGUCGCUUUUGCAGGACAUUUUGGUCGUGCUGACGGAUCGCCUGCAUAAAUUUGGGUUUAAAAUGCACGCAGCUUUGCUCAAGCACAUGUUUUCGCUCGUGGAAAUGAACCAGGUGAACGUGCCGCUGUGGGAGUCGCUGCCGGGGAUGCCGCCGGUGAUGCCAGUGGGCCAGACCAACUCGCAAUUCCUCAAGGAAUACGUGGCCAACAUGAUCUCGACGUCGUUUCCAAACAUGUCCCCAGCCCAAGUCCGUGCGUUUGUGGUGGGGUGUUUUGAUAUGACGAAAGACUUGGCUGCUUUCAAGAAGCAUUUGCGUGACUUUUUGGUCAACGUCAAAGAGUUUGCGGGCGAAGACAACGCCGACCUGUUUCUGGAGGAGAGUCUGGCGAUGACUCAGGAGCGUCUGGCGCGUGAAACGAACGCGCGGCUGGCCGUGCCCGGCCUCGUGAACCCCCAUGAACGACCGGAUGCGAAUGCGGAUGACAUGGCCGACUUGUAAUGCAAAAUCAAAUACAUACACUCGCCAUUGUGUCGGUAUUGUCGAUAAACGUACGG